CGCCCGUCUGCAGCCCGGCGCCGAGCGCCGUGUCUUGUGGAGCCGAUGGCAGCACCACCACGGUGCGGCCGCCCGGCCGAGCGCCGAGCGCAGCCACCACCCGCCGCUGCCCGGGGAGCGUCCAGGAUGUGGGGGGACCGGGGCGCGCAGCAGCCUCCGCUGGCCCGCCUGUGCUGACCUGCCUCGCUUGCCCCCAAAGAAUGUCAGCCAAGUCCAAGGGGACCCCCUCCUCGUCCUCUCCAGCCGAGGGACCGCCGGCAGCCUCCAAAACCAAGGUGAAGGAACAGAUCAAGAUCAUCGUGGAGGAUCUGGAAUUAGUCCUGGGCGACCUGAAGGACGUGGCCAAGGAACUUAAGGAGGUGGUUGACCAGAUUGAUACCCUGACCUCUGACCUACAGCUGGAGGAUGAGAUGACUGACAGCUCCAAAACGGACACCCUGAAUAGUAGCUCAAGCGGGACAACAGCCUCCAGCAUAGAGAAGAUCAAAGUGCAGGCCAAUGCCCCCCUCAUUAAGCCCCCAGCCCACCCAUCUGCUAUCCUCACGGUCCUGAGAAAGCCAAACCCUCCAGCGCCUCCUCCACGGUUGACACCCGUGAAGUGUGAAGACCCCCAGCGAGUGGUGCCCACUGUCAAUCCGGUAAAGACCAAUGGCACCCUUCUGCGAAAUGGAGGCUUCCCUGGGGCACCAACCAAAAUCCCCAACGGAGACAUCUACUGCAAACCCAGCAGUCACUUGGACAAGGCUCCCGGGCAGCCUCUGAUGCACAGACCCGAAAAAGACAGGUGCCCCCAAGCUGGGCCUCGGGAGCGAGUAAGGUUUAAUGAAAAAGUCCAGUACCAUGGCUACUGUCCUGACUGUGACACCAGGUAUCACGUAAAGAACAGGGAGGUCCACUUACACAGUGAACCCGUCCACCCACCAGGAAAGCUUCCUCCCCAAGGCCCUACCCACCCACUUCCCCCUCAUCUCCCUCCUUUUCCACUAGAAAAUGGGGGGCUGGGAAUAAGCCACAGUAACAGCUUCCCCCCCCUCAGACCUGCAACUGUGCCUCCUCCCACUGCACCAAAACCACAGAAGACGAUCUUGAGGAAGUCCACCACUACAACAGUGUGAUGUAUGCCAUUUAAAAGCUUUUUUUUGGGUUUUUUUUUGUGUUUUUUUUUAAUUUUUCUAUAUUAUAAACAUAAAAUAAUAAGUAAUGAGCACUUUCUACUCAAGCAAUAAAAAGCCCAAAUAUAUUUAUCCUGCAUUCAGCAGAGUGACAUAAAAAUCACCUGGUAAGUAUGCAGUACGUUGUUUAUAUCCUGAGUAUUCAUUGUUUAAAAAGUUACAUGAUCAGAAACCACAGAAUAAUGAAAAAAACUGAAUAUAUCAUUGUUUUCAGUUAACCCAUUACAAACUGUAGUUUUCAAAGAUUUUGAUUUACUAUAAGAGAUGGGAUUAGAUUCAUUUUAUUCAUGCCUGACUCAUCUAUGCAUUAAUAACAUGCCAUACUCUUAACUUCAAUGUCAUGCUUUUUAAUAAGAAAUUUUAAUACUGAAGGACUAUUUUAUUAUUUUUUUCUAAAGAUGUUUGUCACUAGUUUUGCAUAAUUAAAUGCUGAGGGUGAUACAAGAAGGUUUAUUUUCCAUGCUAUACAAUUAUGAUCCUAUGUUCACCUAUAUAUGUAAUGAAAGAUUUGGUCUGUGAAAAUAUAUGUCAAUAAACAAUGGUAAAUAAUGACAAAAUCAAAUGUUCCUCGGAAGUAAAAUGAAGCAGUUGUUCACUCAAUCCUAUGGUAAUUUACAUCAAAAUGGAUAGCAACUCUGACAGAGUUUGGAGAUCACUGUGAGUAUAAGUCAGAAUGUUUCAAAUUAAAUGUCAUAAUCCAGGUACUAAAUAGGACUGUACACAUUUUCAUAUGAUGUGCUUCCGUUUUGGUACCUCAAGGAUGAUCUAGUGCAUGCCAGCCCUUGAAGGUCCCCCUCACUCUCAGCAUGCCUCCCGGACGCUCCAUUAGCCAGCUCACUGAAGCAGUGGGAUGACUCACCUCCUGCAUCAACAAGCUCUCUGCCUCCCUGAGGGAGUCCCUCAUUUAUAGGAGAAUCAUACGGGAAAAUACAGAUGUUUCCGGAACAGGAUGUUUUUAGCAUUCGCCUUAAGCUGAUUCCCCUCAGAGGUGAAAUAUGCCAGGGUUCUUUGUUAUUCUAUAGAAGGGAGAGAGGAAAUCCUUUCCUUCUAAUAUCCAAUAAAUGUGCUUCUCUUUAAUUUGUCAGCUUAGGUGAUACUUACCCAAUUCUUAACUACCAUGAUUGGGACUGAUAGUGUGAUUUGCCCUGGAGUGAGAAAUGGGUUUACUCCCUUAGAAUCGUGAUGAAAGCUCCUUCAGGUUGGAAGGAACACCUUUAUUUGGAGGCAUGUCAGUUCAUUUUUCUCACUUCAGAUUCAUCAUUAUGACUUCUUGAGGCCAGAUCUAAUUUUGAAAUAACCAGAAAACUGUCCAUCUUGGAGCAGCAAACCCCUCAACUUGGAGCACAAAUGAUCACUGAUAUGGUCUGC